AUGCGAACACGCUUUGAUGUUGGUAAUUACACAUUAUAUAUAAUUUUGCGCAUUGCAUACUUUUCGGCAUAACUUUGACGCCUGAUGUCUAGUAUAAUAUUGCAGAGCUUUUAUAGAUGCAAAAAUUGCUGUUUGGUGGGUGGUACAAUGUUUUCCGGUACUCCAAAUUUCCGAUUCAGUGUUUUAUUUUACAUUAUUUUGCUUUUGUUAGAUUUUUUGACUCAAUUUAUCUUGUAAUUGGCAUCUGAUUUUUCUUGGUGGUAGGCUCGCUGAAACUCGAACGAACAUGUCUUGGAAGCGUUUAGAGAAUAAUCGAUAAAAAAAGAGCGAUCGAUUUUGUUGCACGAGUUGUAUUACGUGUUCUAUGGUAUGUAUUAUAUUACUUUAGGUAAUAUGGCCGAAAACUUGCGCAAGCCUCCGAUUUACGAUCAGGUUCCGAUCGCUGACCCUCUUCUGACCGAACCAGUCUACCGGAAAUGCGAGAGCAUUCAACGGGCAGUUCCGGCCAAUGAACCGACAGUUAUCCGGUUCAGGGGUCUGGAUUAUCAAUAUCCAUCGAUAAUUUGUGGUGUUCCUGCAUUGGUAAGCAAAUUUUGAUGUUUUUUUGAACGUUUAGGAUGUUUUCUUUCUGUUGAUGAAGCUUUCAAUUUAAUUUUACAGAUUUGGAUCCGAGUUUUUGCCAUUUUAAAUGUGGCUAUCACUGUUCCCGGAGUUGGAUUGGAGAUGAGCCCAUUUGUGGCCGGAAGUGUUUUACUUUCCUUUAUUUCCUCCGCUUACUUCCUCAUUGUCACCAUGUUCAAAAAGUCGCUGAUCCGUUUUGAGAACCACGCCUUCCUCAAUGUAAGGUUUUUGAUAUUACACUUGAUGUUUAGUUUGCCUGCCUGAUCCUUGCGGUCCCACUGAUUGUUGAGGAAGUGGCGACUACACGCACAGGAACAUCAAUUAUCGUGUCUGCGGUUCAUUUCUUGGGCUAUUGUUUUGUCUCCCACGCUUCCUGUUAUUUGGAGACGGGAUAUUGGCGUUUGUCUCGUCGAGUCCCUCUCCGCCAACUGACUGAGGCUCCGAUCGACCGGUCGUUUUUCUUCUGGCAUGAGCUGGAGAGCAACAAGAGCAAUGAGGAGCGGGAUGAGACGAAAAAAGUGAGUGUUGCGCUUUCUUUGUUCUUACUUUAGGUGAUGAAAAUGGAAUUCGAUUUUUUUUCUCGAGGGAUAUAUGGGGCUGAUGAAUUAUGGUGUGAAAUCCAUUGCAUAACUACCUUAGAAGGUUUUCUUGGCUUGAGACGCCUUGAGAAGCCAUUUUAGACGAAGAAAAUAUCAAAAUUAUCAUGAAUAAAAUCCAUUUUUUAAAUUUUAUUGUCUUAUUUUCAGAUUCUCGGGUAUGUCUGCACAGUACUCGCUCUUCUUCUGGUUUUCGCCAAUUUUGCUGUCAUUCCGGUUCAGUUUCAUGGGGAAGAUUCCGCUACUCGUAUGUUCUUAUUCUGGUACAUGAUCGGGAUUUUAUGCAUUUACGAGUGGAAAGCUUUCAUUGGCCAUAAAAAGGAAGGCUUCAUUUAUUUGAUGGUGAGUUUUGAAAAUGUUUUUGCUGUUUUUUCAUAGAAAAUUUGAGAUUUUUUAUUUAGAAUAAGGUUAAAAUAAUAUUUCAGUUGUUCGCUUGCACGCUCAAUUUGAUUUUGGCUGCAUCGAUUAUCUUCUUAAACUUGGCUAGCAAGCGUUACCUAUAUCCCUUCCGGUUUCCCGAGGUUUUCUUCAUUUCUUUGAUUUCGGCCAUUAUCAGUGGAGCUUUGGCCGCUCUUCACAUCAAAUUCUACAAGUUGUUGACCGAACCCGCCGAGCUCCUCAACCGUAGCGUCUCUUCCCCGUUCAAGAAUAACCCAUUGUUGGCUAAAGUUUAA